UCUCUUGUCUAAAGAUCUGCUGCUGUGUCCGAUCUGUGUGGAUGUGCUCAUUGAUCCAGUCACCACUCCAUGUGGACACAACCUCUGUAAGAGCUGCCUUACACAGUGCUGGGACAUGAAUAAACACUGUCGCUGUCCAUUAUGUAACAAGAAAUUCACCAAGAGACCUGAACUGAAGAUUAAUACAACACUGAGAGAGGUUGCAGAUUACUUCAAGAAGAAAAGUGGUUCUGACAAACCUGAGGUUCUUUGUGAUGCCUGCAGUGGAGAGAAGCUGAAGGCCCUAAAAUCCUGUCUGGAUUGUGGACUGAGUUUCUGUAAAAUUCAUUUAGAGCCACAUUAUCAUGUUCCAAAACUUAAGAAACACAAACUAAUAAACCCUGUGGAGAACCUGUAGGCCUACAUAUGCCAGAAACAUGAGACAGUUCAGGACUGACUGAAGAAGAUAAAAGAGAUCCAACACUCAGUAGAGCAAAGCAAAAGAAGCACAGAGAAAGAGAAAGCAGACAUUGUUGAAGUCUUCACUGCUCUGAUUCGCUCUAUUGAGAGAAGUCAGGCUGAGCUGCUGGAGAUGAUGGAGGAGAAGCAGAAAGCAGCAGAGAGGCAGGCUGAAGGACUCAUUAAAAAGCUGGAGAAGGAAAUCAGUGUGCUAAAGAGAAGAGACACUGAGCUGGAGCAGCUCUCACACACUGAGGAGCAUCUCCACGUCCUACAGAUUUACUCCUCCAUGUGCAGCCCUCCACACACCAAGAACUGGACUGAGAUCAGCAUUAACACUGAUGUGAGUGUGGACACUGUGAGGACAGCUCUGUCUCAGCGUCAGGAGACUCUGAAUGAGAAACUCACUAAAUCACUCAAAGACAAGUUAAAGGAAACAGUUUCCACAGAACUGAAGAGGAUUCAGCAGUAUGCAGGUACAGUGAGCUUUCUGAUUUCCUCUCAUAUUAAAAUGUACAUAUCAGCAUCACACCACUGCAUCAUCAGACUUAUUAUCAUCUGUAGAUCUCUCCAGAUACAAGGAGUAUUAAAGUGUCUCAUUAUCCUCCUCACUAUAGCUCCUUAUUACUGCCAUGCACUAAAGCCCUUAAACCCUUUACUACUUUAGAACCACUGAUCAUCUUCUUACAUUUCACAAAUAAAAUAAUGCAGGAACAGAUGUAUGUUUGUACAGAGAUUAACUUUAUAACUUUUUUAACUGCAUGAUAAAAGAUGGAUUUCUUUGACUAUCAGUGGUAAAUGUAAUCUUUAUGCUGUCCAAAAGGUGAGAGUUUUAAAGUCAUGCAGUUAGAAAAGAGUUUUUAUACCAUGCGGUGUUUCUGUCAUUUACAAAUAAACUUGAAGUCAUGAAUGUAUUCUACAAAUAUAUAUUUUGACACUAUCACUAACUGAGAGAGCUUCAUUUAGAAAAGAGAG